GCACAAUCUUAUCACAGCAGGUCGUUGUCUGCGAAAACUCUUCGUUGCUUCAACAGAAUAUUAAUUUUUGACUUACUUGGUCCACGUUCAAAUCAGAUUUGUUUUAUCAUUAGUUCAGUGUUCUACUAUGUCACGGCUUUGAGAACAUUGAGCUAGUUACAUGUAAUUCUUUCUCCUUUAGUGUGUGUAAUAACAGUGAACAGUGAACAGUGUGAACAGUGAAGCCGAAAAACAGGAACAACAAUGGAAGUUGAACCUACGGUAGGAGCAGAACAGUUGAUGGAAGAGCCGAUGUUUGGGGUGUUGGAUGUGGUGCUUCUAGUUUCAUUAUUGGGUAUUGGAGGCUGGUGGUUUCUCAAGAAUAGACAACAGUCAGGAGUACCAACAACCGAUAAAUCGUAUUUCAUGCAACCAACAAAUCUUGGAACUCAAUCUACAGACAACUCAUUCAUCAAGAAACUGAAAAGCUCUGGAAGGAGUUUGGUUGUAUUCUAUGGAAGCCAAACUGGUACUGGCGAAGAAUUUGCUGGAAGACUUGCCAAAGAGGGUAUUCGCUAUCAUCUUAAAGGCAUGGUAGCUGAUCCUGAGGAAUGUGAUAUGGAAGAACUUACAAACCUGAAGGACAUACCCAAUUCUCUGGCUGUAUUUUGCUUAGCUACUUAUGGCGAGGGAGAUCCUACUGAUAAUGCAAUGGAGUUUUACGAGUGGCUUCAGAAUGGUGAUACAGAUCUUACAGGUCUUAAUUAUGCUGUAUUUGGACUUGGAAACAAGACUUAUGAACAUUACAAUGAAGUUGCAAAAUAUGUAGACAAGCGAUUGGAUGAACUGGGUGCAACACGAGUUUAUGAACUUGGCUUGGGAGAUGAUGAUGCAAAUAUUGAAGAUGAUUUUAUCACAUGGAAAGACAAAUUCUGGCCAGCAGUUUGUGAAUUCUUUGACAUUGAAGCAACAGGUGAAGAUGUGAGUGUAAGACAGUACAGACUUACAGAACAUCCUGAUGUUCCUAAUGAUCGUAUAUACUCUGGUGAAGUUGCACGUCUACACUCGCUAAGGAAUCAGAGGGCGCCAUUUGAUGCCAAAAAUCCAUUCCUGGCAGCAAUCAAGGUAAACAGGGAAUUGCACAAGAGUGGAGACCGAUCCUGCAUGCAUAUCGAAUUUGACAUUGAAGGUUCCAGGAUGAGAUAUGAAACAGGUGACCAUCUGGCUAUUUACCCCAUUAAUAAUGAAGAGUUGGUGAAUAAGCUGGGAGAACUGCUUAAUGUGGACCUGGACACAAUAAUCACACUCACCAACACUGAUGAGGAAUCAAACAAGAAGCAUCCAUUCCCAUGUCCAUGUUCUUAUCGCACAGCACUGACUCACUACUUGGACAUCACAUCCAACCCACGCACACACAUCCUUAAAGAACUUAUUGAAUACACCAAGGAUCCUCAGGAGCAAGAGAAACUCCGUUCAAUGGCUAGUACUACCCCUGAGGGUAAGCAGUUGUAUAACCAGUGGAUUAUCCAAGACAACAGAAAUAUUGUGCACAUCCUUGAAGACCUCAGGUCAUGCAAACCUGCAUUGGACCAUCUGUGUGAAUUACUACCCAGGCUACAAGCUCGCUACUAUUCCAUCUCAUCUUCACCGAAGGUAUAUCCCACAACUGUGCACAUUACAGCCGUACUGGUCCUGUAUGAGACCCCAACUAGCCGAAUAAAUAAAGGGGUUGCCACCAGUUGGCUUGCAACCAAGCAGCCAUCAAAAUCAGAAAUACCCAUCACCACGCCAAUUUACAUCCGAAGGUCUCAGUUCAGAUUACCAACAAGGCCACAGACACCCAUCAUUAUGAUUGGUCCGGGAACAGGCCUGGCUCCCUUCCGUGGUUUCAUUCAGGAAAGGGAUCAGUUUAAAGAGGAGGGUAAACGUAUUGGAGACACAGUACUCUUUUUUGGCUGCCGUAAGAAGGCUGAAGACUUCAUUUAUGAAGAAGAGCUCAAUGAGUAUGUCAAGAAGGGUGUCCUUACGAUGCAUGUAGCAUUCUCAAGAGAUCAAGCCCAUAAAGUUUACGUGACCCAUUUACUGGAGGACAACAUGGAUGAAAUAUGGAGAGUAAUAGGAGAAAACAAUGGACAUCUUUAUGUAUGUGGGGAUGCAAGAAACAUGGCACGAGAUGUUCAUAACAUUGUGCUGAAGGUUGUUCAGCAAAAGGGAGGUAUGACAGAAAGCCAGGCACUUGCAUAUGUCAAGAAGAUGGAGGCACAGAAGCGGUACUCAGCUGAUGUAUGGAGCUGAAUAUCGUAGUUGUAAUAGUAAGAAUUCAAUGAAGCAGCCAAGAAAGCACAGAACUUGGAAAUUAAUUAUAAAAUGAAAGGCAGAAAUUAAUCUACAGCUGUGUAAUUUUAAGAACAUCACCAUAAUUGUCUUAACUGUCUUUUAUUUUCCUUGGUGAUCUAUCAGACUUGCAGCAUACUUCACGUUCUGAAGUAAUAAGAUUUCAUUUACAUAUUUUAAAUAGCGAACUUAGUAACAUAUAUGUGAAUUAAAUGAAUUUCUGAUAAGUAAAUACUAGACUGUUGCAUAGCACCACAUUUGUGAGAGAAUCUCACCAUAGGGGCAUUGGAAAAUGUGUCAGUAACACUGGAUCAGAUUAUAUAGGUUUUCUUGUAUUAAUUUUUUCCCCCAUUAAUUAUAUCCAAAGUAUGAUUAAAUCAUCAUCCAUUUCAACCUGAAAAUAAAAUUUUGUACAAUUUAUGAGAGGAAAAUCAGGAUUCAUUUUCUGCAGUCUUAAGUAUGGUAAUGGUAAUACAGGUAAUUAUUUCCUUCAUAUUCAACACUGUAGAUCCAGUGUUGUACUCCCCGUCUUAGACUUAGUAUAACCACGUAAUAAAUUAAAAUUGUAUGCAUGUUGGAAGACCUACCCUCUAUAGUAAUUUUAAUUAUGUUUAUUUUGAAGUUUUAAAAGCUUUAACCUUCCACUGUUCAGUGCAUACUAUAAAUAUAUCCAAUAACCAGUAAUGAAUAUAGUGCAGGAAGUUUUAAAUAAAAUCCAUUAAUUGGGUUAUGGAAGUUCAUGUUCUUCCAGAAACUAGUAAGGAUGUAAAUAUGUCUACUGUUCGCAAAUAUUACUCUUUUUUUGCCAUUUUGCAAAGUAAAAUUUAUGAUGAAUCAUACUUCUGCAAAAAAUCUCAUUAUUAGUGUUCUGACAUUUAAAGACGAGGCCUUAGAUUGAUAAAAGUUGGAUGCACUCAUGUACCACUUGCAGACAAUAGAGAGAAAUUCCCUAUAAGAACAUACAAUCUCGUGUAUUUUUGUACAUUCCUACAAUCACUUUGUUCCACUUGGCAGGCUCAAAAGACAUGUUUUUGUACUGAAAUUAGAAAUAAUACUAAGACUAUAAAAGUUCUAGAAUUGAAAGAUUUAAUUAAUUCUCAAAUAUUUGUAACAGACAAAGUGAGCACCUAAGUGGAGGACAAAGGACGUUGUUUUGCAAUAAGAACAAAGAGACUGGCAUAUACAUCUGUAACAUAUCACUGUGUAUAUUCAGUUAUAUCAAACAAAAGUCAUACACUUUGUACAUAUCAUAUAUUAUGCAUUUUAAUAUGAAAUUUUAUCUUUCAGUUCCAUUUCAAAUUUGAUUAUUUAGAUAUUUGAAUAUGGCAAUAUUGGGUAUGCAAGGCCUAAUUUUCUGAUUAUUUUAACCAUGAGUGAUUUGUGGAAAUCAAAACUAAUAUGGGUAGGCAGAUUAACUGUUUAUGUUAGGUUUUGUUUCUUCAGAUAUUUCAGCUCUCCAAGACCAUAAUUACCCAGAUCAUGCCUUAUUUAUACAGAGGGAUGGAAUAAAUGUGAGUGAAGAAAGUAUUUAUAUUGAACUGCUGGUCAUUAUUAUUCAUUAUCAUAUCAUUACAGCUUGUUGCCAUUUGAUCACUAUUUGUUAUGAGGUAUAUCAUUCUCUGUUGUGUAUAUCAUUUGAAUAAAUUUCUAUCUUAAAGGAA